AUUUCCCCAUAUCGCCAGUCCGUCACACAAAGCGACCGGGUCGGGUGGGUCGAACAGAGCCAAGGGCGAGUGACGAAGCCCUAAGGUUACGAGAUCAGAUCUGAUGCAGUCGUGUUAACCGGACGUUUCAAUUUCCCAUCGAUCUCUUCACGAUAACUAGUCGCCGGUCGUGAAGCCGGUUGUUCAGUGCGCAUUCGCAGUACAAAAGAGACUUGUGAUAUUUUUCUAGCGUUUAAGUUCCGGAGCGGAACGCUUUAAAUUUCGUAUUAAAAGUGUACAAUAUAAGUAAAAAUUUGGAAAACAUGGAGAUCCUGCCGGUCACCAAUCAGUUUAAUGUGGGAUUCAACAGUGAAAAAGCGUGGAACGGGCCGACAUGGCGGGAAGCGCCGAUGCCGGUGCCGACGGAGGCGGCGCUGGCUCAACGGCUCGAAAGAGAACUCCGGGCGGCUAAGGGAGCCAGCGAGCUGGCCGCAGCCGAGGUCCUGGUACCUGCGGAACUGCUGGCCAGGGCCUCGAGGCAGAUCUUAGCGCUGGCGGAGGGCGAGCCCUGCGGGGCGAGGGGCGCCGCUGUCAUCGUGGACGUGGCCGGCCGCCGCCUGGCCGCCUUCAAGAUCGACGCCAACAUGCUCACGACGCACGAAAUCCAUCUGCACUUAGAGCACGACUCGACGAACUGGACUAGCCUGUUGCCGCAAUUUUUAAAAAAUUUAACGCGGAGCGGCACCAUCAUUAUCAGCCCCCAGUUCACGAUAGAAAAGAAAAAACUCUUCAGAGGCCAGGCCGAGUGAACCGCCUGUGAUACCGCGUGGUGCGAGCGAGCCGACUGACUGCCCUCCUCGAUAUCUACGUAUCGUUAUUUUAACAAAUAUCAAUAUUAUAUGUAUAUUAAUUAUUAUAUAUUUUUAAUAAGAGAAAAAAGCACAGCGUGAUAUGUAAUGUAUAGUUAUAGAGUAAGCGCGCAAGAGCGCCGACUUUAGUUGCGCGCCCGCAGACGCCGCGGAGCCGGCCGACAGCGAACGACCAGCGCUUUGUGCUCACAAAGCGGCGGUGUUCGCCGCUGUCGGGCGAAUGCGCGGCGAACGCGCGGGCGAGCGCGCGACGGCGCGUGGCGGCGAGCGUCGAUCUCGAUCCCCCCCUCCCUGUCGCUCCCUCUACCCACCGCUGCGCUCGCCUCCAGGCGCCGUCCGUACUUAUGUUAAUCAUUACGAUGAUUGUUUGUAUUUUAUUAUUGGAUAUUUUAAUGGUUGCGAGUCGUUGGUGACGCGUGAGUGGCGCGGCGGCAACCGGUGCGAACCUCAUGAUCUCAGUCGCCGCCGCGCGAGUGAUAAUGAUACCCUGAUCGAUUUAGUCUUAGGUAUUAUUUUUUGUUUCGAGUUCAAUUCUAUCUGAAGUUGAGUAGAGGUAUAUUUCAUGUAUCGUAAUUGUAUUUAUUAGAGCGAUCUCUGCCGAGGUCGGAGAUAUGUGUACGUUUUUUGUAAUUGUACUAGUUCGUACAUUUGUUUGUGAUACUACUUUUGUAAUGUAUAAAAUUUAAAUGAGAAAAAAUAUACUUUUAUGAAUGUGAGGAUAUGCGAGCAGAAUAUAGAGCUGUAUAAUAGUGCCGUGAGCGAUUGGAGGCAAUAACUGGGGGGGCGGCAGGAGUGGCUGAGCAAGCGCCCCUGGCGCCCCCUCUUGCAAAGAUCUCAGGUUUAUAUUAUUAUAGUUAUAAAAAGUAUUAAGUUAUUUAAGUUAAUAUAAAAGAUUGUAAUUUUUUGUAAGAUUGUUUUCUAUCGCCACGCAAAGCUGGCAACUGUAGAGUCCAGUGGACGAGGUGUACGCCGUACACAGACUUGUUAAUAUUGCAGUCGAAUGCAUUUUCUUCAUCCAGUUUAAUUGUUACAUUAAAUGUAAAUCAAUAGACUAACCGUUUUUAAACGAAAUCUAAAUGUUUGUAGGGUCCAGUGUUUUAAACGCACAAUAUCAUAGUACUAGAGUUCACUUUCAUCAAAAAGAUUAUAAAAUGCUACAAAAACAUUUAACUUCUAAACUUGAAAUCAA